AUGAAUGCUUCCGAUACAUCUGUGACUGGUACUGCUGAUUCCCAACCACCUACUGUUGUUCCUCAGUUGGCUUAUGAGAGACUUGCCUUUAUUUCUGCUCUUUCUACUGCUCCCAUUCCGAAGAAUGUCAAUGAUGCUAUGUCUGACCCAAAGUGGAGACAAGCCAUGUCUGAGGAGAAGAUGGCACUUCAGAAGAAUGGUUCCAGUCCUGUGUCGAUGCUUGCUUCAAUGUUAUGGGCUACAUCGGUCGAGGUACUAGACCAACAAUUUGACACACCUAUGGAGGAUUCCGGGGAGGAGUCUUCUCAACCUGCCCUUCUAGAAUCAGAGAACCCUGAUGAGACUUCUAUCGCUGCUGUUUGUGCUCCUUUGGAGACUCCUACUGUUCAGGAUUCUCCUGUUGAUCGCGGAGCUGGUCCUUAUGUUCUGCUGAUCAUUAUGGAUCCUCGGCCUCCUAUUACAUAUCAGAGGCAUAACACCAGAGGCUAUGCACAGGCAGCCUCAUCCUCCAAUCCUACCCAUAAUGAUCCUCCAGCUGGGGGAACACAAGCAAAUCAUCCUCCUCCUCCCCCUGAUAUGCCUGCUCACGACACAGCUAGCCUUAUAAGGGCUAUAAUGGAAGGGCAGCAACAGCAAAUGCAUCAGAUGAUUACCGAUAUGGGUAAUCAAUUCCAAGCAGCCAUCAGGAGUAUCCAAACUUCACAAGCAGCCCCUACAACUCCUGCAGACCCUGCUGUCCCUCCCCCUCUUGCUCCACAACAGGACACUGAAGGCCGCAUGAUGGAACGGUUCCUCAAGAUGCAGCCUUUAACUUUUGCUGGAAUCAGCAAGGACACCCUGCUUCCUGUUAAAUGGGUGAAAGAGAUGGAGAAAGCCUUUGAGUUUCUGGGAUGCAAUGACCACCAGAAACUCAUCUGUGCUAGAUAUAAGCUACAGUAUGAAGCAGAGGCUUGGUGGGAAACCACAAAGCCUAUCUUGCAAGCGGCUCACCCUGUCCUAACUUGGGACAUUUUUAAACAACCUUUCUUUGGGAAUUACUUCCCCACCAGUGUGAGGAAGAGGAAAGAGAUUGAAUUGGCUGAAUUGGUUCAGGGAUCGAAGUCAGUGCUGGAGUACCAGCAGAAGUUUGAAGAGUUAUUCUUCUUUACUCCUCUUCACUUGGGAACAGAUGAAGCUAAAGCACAGAAGUUCGAAGAUGGAUUGAGGCCACAGAUUGCUUCGAUUAUGGCCACCAGACCGACCCAGGGGUACUCAGAGACCGUGCAAACUGCAAAGAGGGUUGAGGAUAAGCAGAGGGAUGCUUAUCAUGUUAGUCAGUCUUCAGGCAAAAGAGCAACACCAUUCCCUGACAGAGGAUUCAACAAGUAUAGUAGGUUUUCUAGAUCUAGUGCAGUCUCAUCUUUGCCACAGCGAAGUGAGUCUGAGACAUCAGUAACCAGGCCGGUGUAUGCCCAUCCAAGCACCAAGGUGUCAGAUACUACUUCUACUGCUCCAUUGAGUGUUGCUGAGUUUAAAUGUUUCACCUAUGGCCAGAUGGGUCAUACUUCUACGACUUGCCAUCACAAAAAGCCUAUGCUUCCCCCUCGCCAACCAGCCGGUAAACCUCAAGGGCGAGUCUACUCUGUGACUGCAAGUGAGGCUGAGGCCAAUCAGGCUGUAGUUACUGGUAACUUUCUAAACUCAAGCUUGAUAGUAAAUUUCAAUCAUUAUUGUCAUGCAUACAUAAUCAUCAAGUCAUGGCAUAUAGGUACCAUCCUUCUAUGUGAUCAUCCAGCAUAUACAUUGUUCGAUACUGGAGCGACGCACUCCUUUGUGUCUCCGUCCUUUGCUAAGAGGAUUGGUGUGUUACCUAAGAGUUUAUCAGAAGGUUUAGCAGUCAGUACACCUACCGGGUCAAGAAUAGACUUGAAUACUUUAUAUGAAUCGUGUGCAGUGAGAAUUGCUGGUAGAAUCAUGAAUGCACAUCUGAUUCUGCUCGAUAUGACUGACUUUGAUCUCAUAUUGGGUAUGGACUGGUUGUCGGCUUACAAAGCUAAUGUAUUAUGUGCUGAAAGGAAGAUGGUAUUUCAGCCAAAGUGCGAGAAGGGAUUCAUCUUCGUAGGUGACAAGAAGAAAAGGCCAAAGAAAAUGGUGAUUUCAGCCUUGGAAAUGAAGAAACUGUUGAACAAGGGAUGCCAAGGAUACCUUGUGUCGGUUUUGGAUAUCAGGACACAGGUUAGGCCAAUGACUGAGAUCCCUAUUGUUGAGGAAUUCCCUGAUGUCUUUCCUGAUGACUUGACAAGCCUGCCUCCACCAAGAGAGAAUGAGUUUGUGAUUGAUCUUAAACCUGGAUCGGCGCCAGUAUCUAAAGCACCUUACAGAAUGGCACCGACAGAUUUGAAAGAAUUACAAGCUCAGCUUCAAGACUUAUUGAAGAAAGGCUUUAUAAGACCAAGUAUCUCACCUUGGGGUGCUCCAGUCUUGUUUGUGAAGAAGAAAGACGGAUCCAUGAGGAUGUGUAUUGAUUAUAGAGAGCCGAACAAGCUAACAAUCAAGAACAAGUAUCCUCUGCCAAGGAUUGAUGAUCUUUUUUAUCAGCUUCAGGGUGCCCAAGUUUUUUCGAAGAUAGAUCUCAGAUCAGGGACUCGAUAUGGGCACUAUGAGUUCCUGGUUAUGUCAUUUGGGCUUACUAAUGCCCCAGCAGCAUUUAUGGCCAUGAUGAACAGAGUCUUCCAUGAUGUCCUGGACAAGUUUGUUGGGUUUCUAGGCCAUAUUAUUUCAGCCAGAGGGAUUGAAGUGGACCCAGGGAAGGUUGAAGCUGUGGUAAAUUGGGAGAGCCCUAAAAUAGUAACAGAGAUUAGAAGUUUUCUGGGAUUAGCUGGGUAUUAUAGAAGGUUUAUUGAAAACUUCUCAAAGAUAGCUAUGCCCAUGACACAGCUUAUUAAGAAGGGCGCCAAGUUUGAGUGGAAUGAGGACUGUGAAAAUAGUUUUCAGGAACUGAAGAAAAGAUUGGUAACAGCCCCAGUUCUUGUUCUUCCUGAUGGAACUGAAGGGAUGGCGGUGUACACUGAUGCCUCCAAGUCAGGGUUAGGAUGUAUGUUGAUGCAGAAUGGGAAGGUUAUUGCCUAUGGUUCUCGACAGUUAAAGGACCAUGAGAAGAACUACCCUACACAUGACCUAGAAUUGGCAGCAAUUGUGUUUGCACUAAAGUUGUGGAGGCAUUACCUGUAUGGUGAGAAAAUUGAGAUUUUCACAGAUCACAAGAGUUUAAAGUACUUCUUCACACAAAAGGAGUUGAACAUGAGGCAAAGGAGGUGGCUUGAACUCAUUAAUGAUUAUGAGUUUGAUAUCUCAUAUCACCCAGGUAAAGCCAAUGUAGUGGCUAAUGCACUCAGUAGGAAGUCUGCAGAUUGGAAUAUGGGUAGAUUUAAGGUUGAGGAUGAAAUUCUGAAGGACUUACAUGCUUUGGAAGUGGAAAUGAUAUUUGGUGAAACUGAAGAAUUGAUUUCUAUAUUGAUGGAGCAACCAUCACUGCGAGCUCAGAUAAUAGCAGCACAGUCCUCUGAUGAAGAAUUUCAACACAUUGUGAAUAGUAUUAGUAUUGGGGCCCAGAAGAGUGCAGAUUUUUCACUGACUUCUGAUGGAGUGCUUAUGUUUAAAGAUAGACUAUGUGUACCCGCGGAUAGUCACUUGAAGGAGCUCAUUUUACAAGAGGCUCACCGAUCUCCCUAUACUGUGCAUCCUGGUGGUACCAAGAUGUACCGAGACUUGAAACAGUUCAUGUGGUGGCAUGGCAUGAAGAAUGAUGUAGCAGCCUUUGUUUCCAAGUGUUCUACAUGUCAACAGGUUAAGGCUGUUAGGAAUAGACCACAGGGACUUUUGCAACCCCUAGCUACACCAGAGUGGAAAUGGGAGAAUAUAACCAUGGAUUUUGUCACUGGCCUUCCUCGCACUAGGAAGGGAAUGGAUACAAUCUGGGUAAUUGUUGACAGAUUGACCAAAACAGCCCACUUCAUUCCUAUGAAGAUUACUUACUCCAUGGAUCAGCUAGCAAAGCUUUAUGUGGAUAACAUUACCAGACUUCAUGGGGUACCAGUGAACAUUGUGUCUGACAGAGACCCCAGGUUUACUUCAAGGUUCUGGAAGAGUCUACAGAAGGCUUUGGGUACUGAGUUGAGUCACAGUUCAGCACACCAUCCUGAGACAGAUGGACAGUCAGAAAGGACAAUCCAGACUUUGGAAGACAUGCUCAAGGCUUGUGUAUUAGAGAUGAGUGGCAGCUGGGAUGAACACCUUUCUCUGAUAGACUUUGCUUAUAAUAACAGCUACCACGCAUCUAUUGAUAUGACCCCAUUUAAGGCAUUGUAUGGGAAGACUUGUCGUACUCCACUGUAUUGUGAUGAAGUUGGAGAGCGACGCAUUUUAGGUCCUGAGCUGAUCCAGAAGACUUGUGAGAAGGUGGAUCUGAUAAGAGAAAAGAUCAAGGCUGCACAGUCCCGGCAGAAGAGCUAUGCAGAUAAAAGGAGGCAACACAUACAGUUUAAAGUUGGGGAGAAGGCAUUCUUGAAGGUGUCUCCAAUCAAGGGUGUUGUAAGAUUUGGGAAGAGAGGGAAGUUAAACCCCAGAUACAUCGGCCCAUUUGAGAUUCUAAGUAGAGUUGGUCCAGUGGCUUAUCAACUAGCACUGCCCCCAGCUUUUGCCGGUGUGCAUGAUGUGUUCCAUGUCUCUAUGUUGAGACAAUUUAUCCCUGAUUCUUCACACCUGCUGCCUCAGCAACCCCCUGAGCUUAUUGCUGACCUGACUUAUGAAGAAGCGCCAAAGGAGAUUGUAGACAGAAAGGAACACAACCUGAGGAAUCGAAUUAUCUCUUUUGUUAAAGUCAAGUGGGGUAAUCACUCUGUAGCUGAAGCGUCUUGGGAAAGAGAGGACUUAAUGAAAGAGAGAUACCCUUAUCUCUUCGAUCUUCCAGGUUCCAGUCCUGUGUCGAUGCUUGCUUCAAUGUUAUGGGCUGCAUCGGUCGAGGUACUAGACCAACCAUCUGACACACCUAUGGAGGAUUCCGGGGAGGAGUCUUCUCAACCUACCCUUCUAGAGUCAGAGAACCCUGAUGAGACUUCUAUCGCUGCUGUUUGUGCUCCUUUGGAGACUCCUACUGUUCAGGAUUCUCCUGUUGAUCGCGGAGCUGGUCCUUAUGUUCUAGUGGAGCACGAUGCUUCGUGCUCCUGCGACAACUGCUCAUUCCCCUGA